AUGGUGAAACUUCAUCACAAGGCUGGGCUUUUGAACAACGUCGGAGUUCAUCUGGGUGACGGAUUCUCAAGAACUGAAGCAUUGGCAGACCUCGAGGAAGCCAUCAAAGUCGGCCGAGAAGCUGUCGAAGCCACUCCGAUAAAUAGUCCAGACCGGGCUGGGCGUUUAAACAACCUUGGAAUUCGUCUGAAUGACAAAUUCUCAAGAACUGGAGCAUUGGCAGACCUCGAAGAAGCGAAACAGAGCUUUGCCACCUCUCUGGGGCACCUCAAUGCUGCCAUAAACGUACGUCUCCAAGGUGGGCGUAGGUUUCUCUCGAUUCCACACAUAUCUAGUGAUAAAUCGGCAUUUGAAAUUGCCGAACAGGCCAUUAACCUUAUCCCGCUUCUAUCAACUCGGUCCUUGCCAAAUUCCGACAGACGACAUCUCCUUUCUCAAAUUUCAGGGCUAUCUUCCGACGCCGCCGCUGUUGCCCUUUGUUCAAAAAAAAGCCCGGCCAUCGCCAUCGAGCUACUCGAAACCGGUCGCGCCGUCAUCGCCGGAGACAACACCUCUUCUGCUAUUUCAUACAGCCCUAGUUAUAGAGUGCUUAUAACCCGUAAAUCAGUUGUGUCAAAGACGGAAAGGAGAUCCUUGACCAAAACUUUACAAGUCUCAACACUUAUCAUCUAUAGUUCCGCAAACGUCGCGCACAAUGCAUCUCUUGUGCAUGGGAAAGUCCAAAGUACCGAAACAACAAGAAAAUAA